CAACUUGAUGGAAAUUUCUAUAGACGUUCUCAUUUUCAUUUUUUACACAUUUUUGAUUCUUUAUUUGCAACACUUUGUCAACAGAUACGCGGAGUUUGUGCGCAUGUUCGAGUAA